UAACGCGUUGAAUUGAAUUAACGCGCAUGUCGAUAAAUUAGCAGUCCACUGUGAGAAUUAACUCAUGGAAGCUUCUCUGUCUGCCUAAACUUUCAUAAUGCAAAAAUCAAUCAGAAAUAUCUUGUACAGCUGUUUUUAGGAUGCUCUUUAGGACUAGUGAUUUAGGACGAAUUCAAUACAACUGGUUUCAGGAUCUCUUUAUGACUAGUGAUUUAAGACGAAUUCAAUUCCACGCCUAUAUUUUCUAUGCAUCGACUGCAACCAUUCACAUGACAGAAGAAGUACAAAGAGAUAUUUGAAGAGAUAUCUGUUGUGUACCAUUCACAUGGUAGAAGAAGAACAAAGAGAUAUUUGAAGAGAUAUCUGUUGUGACUCGUGGUGGUGUUAAAUUACUACUGAAAAAACUUUAUAAGUAAACGUAUUGUGGAGUUGAUAUUAGUUCAUUCUGAGAGUAGAAUGGCAGCAAAUAUGGCAGAACUGAAUACGGGAAACAAAAUGCCUGUAAUUGGGCUUGGAACUGGCGCUCCAGCUGUCCAGUAUGAGGAGAUCAAGGCUGCUGUCCAUGCGGCUCUUAAGGUUGGAUACAGAUUUUUUGACACCGCCAGCUUUUAUGGGUCAGAAGGUGCCUUAGGAGCAGCUCUCACAGAAGCUUUCCAAAGCGGUGUUGUGAAGCGGGAGGAAGUGUUUGUCAUCACUAAACUGUGGGAUGAUGAACAUGACGAUCCUCUUGCUGCUAUCACCAAAAGUCUCAAGAAUUUGCAGCUGGAAUACUUGGACUUGUAUCUAGUACACUGGCCUGUAAGGUUGAGGAAAGGACAUACCCUUCCACCAAAGGAGGAAGACUUUUUGCCUCUGGAUAUCAAAUCUACAUGGCAAGCCAUGGAAAAAUGUUUUGAAUUGGGUCUCACCAAAGCCAUUGGUGUGAGCAAUUUUUCCUGUAAAAAAACUGAAGAUCUGUUGAAAUAUGCCAAAAUUCCUCCUGCUGUCAAUCAAGUAGAGAUGCACCCAAUGUGGCAGCAGAAAAAGCUAAGAGAGUAUUGCAGUAAGAUGAAAAUUCUAGUAUGUGCAUGGUCUCCUCUUGGAGCUCCAAAUAAUCCCUGGGGAUCCAAUGCAGUGAUGGACAGCCCUGUAAUUAAGGAAAUUGCUCAAAAGCAUGGGAAGUCUAUAGCGCAGGUUCUGUUGAGGUGGACAAUAGAGCAAGGAGUGUGUGUGGUCCCCAAGAGCUUUAAUAAAGGGAGGAUAACCGAAAAUUUUCAGGUUUUUGACUGGUCUUUAACUGCAGAAGACCAUGCAAAAAUAAGCAAGCUUGAGCAGAGGAAGAAUAUGAGGGGAGACGAUUUUGUAAACUCAACAACUAGCCCUUACCGAACAAUUGAAGAACUAUGGGAUGGAGAGAUCUAAUUGCAGAUCACGAGUUUAUUGCAACUUUAGAAUAUUGGUCUAUUUAUGUUUUCAUCUUCUGUUUAGUUAAUUAAUUAAAUUGAGCCCGAGGUUCAAUAAUCUGCAUCAGUCCCAUCACUGAAAAAAGCUUAUUACAAUGAAUAAAAUAGACCAAUUGAAGUGA